ACUCAACUGUGUUUCAGGAGCAAAACAUCAGUGUUUGUGAUCGGAGAGUAGGUAGUACGCACAACUCAUCAGUUUAACAUUGCAGAAGAAAGCAUGAUAACAAGAACACUAUUUACUGGCACGAAUCGAAUUCAGAAUGUUGGAUUUUGUUUUUAAAACUUUCUUAUGAAGAUUGCUCCAUUUUUGUUUGUCUGAUGAAUGAAGAAUCAUUGAGUCUGAAUGAGGAUCAGUGAAAUAUUUCCAUGGACAAGACAAGACAAGAAUAACUUCUUGACAACAACUUUCAUUCCGUUUUCAUAUGAUCUUGCUAAAUUCUCUAUUAUUCUCUAUCACUUUUAUGCAGCAAUGAAGAACAUGUAAAAGAGGUUUCACACUUUUUCUUCAAUCAUCAUGAGUAGUGUGCUUUGGUAAAAGAAUGUAAGUCAUGCUUUAAAAAUAUUUCUUUUUUAAUUUCCUCCUGGGCAUAACCUUUUCUAUUAAACAAUGGUUGAACCAGUGGGUUUUGUAGAGGCAUGGAAAGCCCAGUUUCCAGAAUCAGACCCACCCAGCAUGGAACUGACGUCCACGAUGGACAUUGAGCAGGAGCUUGAGAAAUGCAAAGCAUCCAUCAGGCACCUGGAGAAGGAAGUGAACAAGGAACGCUUUCGGAUGAUCUACCUGCAGACCUUACUGGCUAAGGAGAAAAAGACAUAUGACGGUGGGCGUUGGGGCUUCAAGAGAGUGAGUCUCAUGAACACCGGAGACCAGCCCAGUGGCUCAGACCACCAGACGUCCUGCACAGACGAGCCGCCUGUGGAUGAGUGUCCGGAGGGAGAGGUGGAUGAGGAGUCUCCGUCCAGACAGAGGGAGAGGGUGUCUCCCAUCAGGCCCUCGGCGUGCUCCACAGAGACAGACACAGACUGCCCCCUCAAGAUGGGCAUGGGAUCAGUGGCAGCUCUGAGGUCCAACUUUGAGCGCAUCAAGAGGGCGAAUUCUCACACCGCCGGAGAGGGGAAGGGGUUGUCUGUGGUGGGAGGAGCGGAGAGGCCCUUCUAUGUAAACAUGGAGUACCACCACGAGAAAGGGCUGGUGAAGGUCAACGACAGGGAGGUAUCAGACAAGAUCAGUAGCUUGGGCUGCCAGGCCAUGCAGAUGGAACGCAAGAGAUCCCUGCACUCCCUGCCCGGGAACCUGUUCGCCGUGUCCGGAGACCUCCGCAAGGCCAUCCAAAGAGGCCGAUCCACCGAGGGAAACUGUGGCUACAAUGGGGCGUACGACGACGUGGAAGUGAACCCGCACUUCCUGAAGGACAGCGUCAUCCGUUCCAACGGGGGCCGACCCGAGCGUCAGACGUCGGACUGUCAGCCCUACACCAGCGUGUACGUAGGGGGGAUGAUGAGUGACGGGGAGGGACGGGUCAUCCACAUCAGAGACCACAGCAUGGAGGAAGACUCUCACCUCACCUGGCCGCGGCGCUCCUACUCCCCUGGCAGCUGCGAUGAUGUGGGCGGUGGCUACACGCCAGACUGUAGCUCCAAUGAGAACCUCACGUCCAGCGAGGAGGACUUCUCCUCCGGCCAGUCCAGCCAUGUGUCGCCCAGCCCCACCACCUAUCGCAUGUACAGGGAGAAGAGCCGCUCGCCAUCCCAGAAUUCCCAGCAGUCUUUUGACAGCAGUAGCCCCCCCACGCCCCUGUCCCAGAAGCGUCUCAAGCAGCAGGUGUUGGUGUCCGAGGCCUCCAUUGUGGGGGUCCGCAAAACGGGUCAGAUCUGGCCCAGUGACGGGGACUCCAUCACAUCCAGUAGAACCUCACACGACAACAGUCUCCAGGGAGACUUGGAGGCCCCCUACAGUGGGACCCCUCUUUCCUAUGGCUACGACCUGGAGGCCGGCGAGGACAGCCAGAGCCACCACGACCUCCUGCCCUUUGGCACCUCCCCCUCCCCGUCACCGCGCCUCCGCUCCAAAAGCCGCAGCAGCCGAGAAACGCUCUCCUCCGGCUCUCUGGAGUCCACUCUCUCGGGUGAGCUGGAUCAAGAGAAAGGGCUGGAGAUGAGGAAGUGGGUUCUGUCCGGGAUCCUGGCCAGCGAGGAGAUGUAUCUCAGCCACCUGGAGGCUCUCCUCCUGCCUAUGAAGCCUCUGAGGGCGGCGGCCACCACCUCCCAGCCAACGCUCACCAUCCAGCAGAUAGAGAUCAUCUUCUUCAAGGUGCCAGAGCUCCAUGACAUCCACAAGGACUUCUAUGACGCGCUGCUACCCAGAGUCCAGGACUGGAGCCACAACCAGUGUGUGGGGGAUCUCUUCCAGAAACUGGCCAGCCAGCUGGGAGUGUACAGGGCCUUUGUGGAUAACUAUAAGGUUGCCGUGGAGACAGCCGACAAGUGCUGCCAGGCUAACAUCCAGUUUGCUGAAAUAUCUGAGAAUCUUAAGGUCAGGACGGCAAAGGAGUGCAAAGACCAGGCCAAACAUUCACUGGAAACCCUGCUCUAUAAACCAGUGGACAGAGUGACCCGCAGCACCCUUGUUCUGCAUGACCUUCUGAAGCACACUCCCUCCGGCCACCCGGACCACCCUCUGCUGCAGGACGCCCUGCGCAUCUCCCAGAACUUCCUAUCCAGCAUCAACGAGGAGAUCACCCCGCGCAGGCAGUCCAUGACCAUCAAGAAGGGAGAGAACCGUCAGCUGCUCAGAGACCGCUUCAUGGUGGAGCUGGCGGAGGGAUCCAGGAAGCUCCGUCACGUCUUCCUCUUCACAGACCUGCUGCUCUGCGCCAAGCUGAAGAAACAAACGGCGGGGAAAGGUCAGCAGUAUGACUGUAAGUGGUACAUCCCACUGGCGGACCUCACCUUCCAGACUAUCGAGGACUCCGAGUCCACCCCCAUCCCCCUGGUCCAGGAUGAGGAGAUCGAUGCCAUGAAGAUCAAGAUCUCCCAGAUCAAGAACGACAUCCAGAGAGAGAAGAGAACAACUAAAGGGGCGAAGGCGAUGGAGAGGAUGAGGAAGAAGCUGUCAGAGCAGGAGUCUCUGCUGCUUCUCAUGUCCCCCAGCAUGGCCUUCAGAGUGGCCAACAGGAAUGGGAAGGGCUUCACCUUCCUGAUCUCCUCCGAUUACGAGCGCGCAGAGUGGAGAGACAUCAUCCGGGAGCAGCAGAAGAAAUGUUUCAAAAGCUUUUCUCUGACCUCUCUGGAGCUGCAGAUGCUAACCAACUCGUGUGUGAAGCUUCAGACCGUCCAUACAAUCCCAAUGACCAUGAAUAAAGAAGAGGAUGAGUCAUCUGGGCUCUACGGCUUCCUGAAUGUAAUCGUUCACUCUGCGUCAGGGCUCAAACAGAGUUUAAAUCUCUACUGCACUCUGGAGGUUGAUUCCUUUGGCUACUUUGUGAACAAGGCCAAGACACGCGUGUACCGAGACUCUACAGAACCCAACUGGAACGAGGAGUUUGAGAUUGAGCUGGAGGGCUCUCAGACCCUGAGGCUGCUGUGCUACGAGAAGUGCUGCCACAAAACCAAGGAGGACGGGGAGAACACAGACAGGAUCAUGGCCAAAGGACAGCUGCAGCUGGAUCCUCAAACACUACAGAACAAAGACUGGCAGAGGACAGUCAUCACCAUGAAUGGGAUUGAGGUGAAGCUGUCAAUGAAGUUCACCAGCCGGGAGUUCAGCCUGAAGAGAAUGCCAUCACGGAAACAGUCAGGGGUGUUUGGCGUCAAAAUCAGCGCCGUGACCAAACGGGAGCGCUCCAAGGUGCCUCUGAUCGUGAGGCAGUGUGUGGAGGAGAUAGAGCGGAGAGGGAUGGAGGAAGUGGGCAUCUACCGUGUUUCUGGAGUAGCCACAGACAUCCAGACUCUGAAGGCUGCAUUCGACGCCAACAAUAAAGAUGUGUCGGUGAUGAUGAGGGAGAUGGAUGUGAAUGCCAUUGCUGGAACACUGAAGCUGUAUUUCCGCGAACUGCCAGAACCUCUGUUCACUGAUGACCUGUACCCCAACUUUGCUGGAGGCAUUGCCCUAUCAGACAGUGUGGCUAAGGAGAGCUGCAUGCUAAACCUGCUGAUGUCUCUGCCUGAACCCAACCUGGUGACCUUCCUCUUUCUGCUGGAUCACCUGAAGAGGAUUGCUGAAAAUGAAUGUGUCAACAAGAUGUCGUUCCACAACCUGGCCACUGUCUUUGGCCCCACCUUGCUCCGUCCGUCUGAGAAAGACAGCAAAAUUCAAGUCAAUGCCUCACAGCCCAUCACUAUGAAUGACAGCUGGUCACUGGAGGUCAUGUCACAGGUCCAGCUCCUGUUAUAUUUCCUUCAACUGGAGAGCAUUCCUACCCCUGACAGCAAACGUCAAAGCCUCCUUUUCUCUACUGAAGUAUAACAUGAAACGAGGACUUUGGAGGAAAUUGUCAGUUUAUAACUAGAAUGGCUGAUGUUGGAGCAAGUACAUGCUGCUGAGCAGCAAUGCUAACUUGAGCCACUAGAGGAUGCCAAAAGCACACUGCAGAAUGGACCAGACCAAAGCCUCUGACAUUAUGAGAGAUCCAUGCAUUGACCUUACCCCCAGAUUGGAUUUAAGAAAAACAUUGAUUUGAAUUACUCUGACCAUUCCUUGAUUUUGUACACAAGUUGUUUUUAUGAUCAAUAUUUGCACUUCUAUUCGAAUUUGUUUGGUAGUUCAUACUCAUACCUAGUUGUUGAGAUGUUAUCAUAAUGCACUAUACCCAUUCAACACUAUCACUAGACAAUUCUAGACAAUUAAUGAUGCUGUCUAGUUCUAGUAAUUAUAUAUGACUCAAUCAGCUCAUUACAGGGACGGAACUCAUCACUGAUGGAAGCCAAAAACAUGAAAGGCUAGAAACAUAAAAGGCUAAUUUCCAAACUAGACACGGUCUGUAAUACAUUAAUGGAUAGGACUUGCGCUGUAUCUUUAAUGUUGCUUGUUAAUGUUUUAGGAAAUGUUAGGUUAUUAGUCUAUCUAACCAUCACCUGUGCCAACAUUUUCCUUGCUGAUUCCCUAUAGGAACAUUUGAAAGCACCUGAUGUUUACACAAUGCUCUCUUUAUUUUGUAAUAUGUUAGUGAGGCUGAAGACAUUUAACGUGCAGGCAUGUUUACUUGAGUGUUUAUAAAUGUUUUCUCUGCUGUAGGCCUACAAUGUGUUUACCUAAUUAAAACGUAUCCACCUUU